CUGUGCAAAUGGCGGGAGAAUUUGUGAAAGGAUUGAGAAAGUAACGGCAUCUACGACAAAUUUUUAAAUUACGUAUACAAUAUAAAAAGAACAUACGGAAAGUGAAUUGUAAACAUAGCUAUGUUAUGUUGCUCUCUGGUCGCUGUUGGAUAGCGCACUCUCAUUGCUGGCCACUUUGAGCAGAAGCGAGCCUUUGGGCCGCUGUCUGCGCUAGGAGCUGAACAGACGCCAAGCAACCACCAAGCGAGCAACAGCGUCGUUAUCACAGGGUCGUCGUGACCAAACGUGCAGUGUCAGUGUACCGAGCGAACAACCAACAACACAACACGAAUGAAAAAUGCACAACUAUACAUAAAGUACACAGAAACACACAUACAGGCGCGCGCAAAAUGUAUGUAUUGUAGCCCCAAAAAGUGUGCUAUAAAUGAUUUAGUGCGAUUGCACGACGUGCAGCAAGACGUGGAUGUGCAUUGUGGAUUAAAGUACGACUAUUGUGACCGUACAAGUGCGCGACAUAUAUAUAAAAAAGAAAUAAAAUUGCAUUACGAUUUAAUUGCAUUUUGUUUUUGCGCUCAACUGUAAAAUCCUACCGUGAGUGGGUGUGUGUGUGUGUGUGUAUGUCUGUGGAGUGUCCCGUAAUGUAGUGGAAUAGAAAAAUGAAUUUAAUCUGCGAUUAAAACGCAAACGCGCACUUUCGCAUACUUACGCGAUUUGUAUGUUUCGUGAGUGUUGCGCAUCUUAUCAUUAUGCCAAGUGGCAGACCGGAAAUUUGAACGAAAAUUAAAUCCGAGUUUUCUAUGUUGGAAACAAGAGAAGAAAGUUUCGUGUAAUAAAUCUUCAACUUGCAUCAAAUUAAAACACAAAUAACAAGACGAACGGCGCAUGCAACACAGCGGCAAACGCAUCGCAUUGGCGCGGAUUUUUGUGGGCUAAAACACUGAGCGGGUGGCAUGCCACAAAAUUCGUAAGCCCAUGCAAAAAGCCGUAAUGAUGAUGACCGCAUCACAAACAAUUUUGCCGUGAGAGCAAAUUACAUAAAAUUAUCAUGCAGCGCAGGCAGCGGCCAAGUUUGCCACUCAAAGGCAACAGCAGCAGCAGCAGCAACAACAACAACAAUAGCAACAGCAACAUCAACAGCAACAACAAGAACAAGAGCAGCGAGGCUAAACUUGUACUGCAACAGCAAAAGCAACGGCAUUGCGUGCGGACUGCAUGACGUAUACGUAAUAUACGUAUUACGUAUACGUAAUAUGCGCUAGUUUGUGGCCAUUUGCCAAGCAGACGAAGCGGAAAAAGCGAAAACAAACCCAAAAGAAAGCAAGCAAACAAACAACAACAACAUAGCAAAGAGCAAAGCAAACUGAACAUAGAAAAUCACACAUAGACAUUGAAGAAGAAGAAGAAGUGGAAAAGGAAGAGCACGAAGUGGAAGUGGAAGACAAAGAGGAAGAGGAAGUGGUAGAGGAAGUGGCAGCAGAAGAAGAAGAAGAAGAAGUACAUAUCAUUGCAAGCAGUGCAAAUGGCAAAAGUUGUCAUAAAGUUGCUAACGUGUUGAGGCAGCUGCCACAAGAUGACAAAAUGGCGAAGUUAACGUUACACCGUCUACUGCAGCGUUUGCAGCUGACGGCGCUGCAGCUGGCCAUUGACUCGCCCACGCCUUACAAGCAACUGCAACUGCAAAAACUGCAACAACAACAACCACUACAACAACAGCAGCAGCAUCUUCUUGAGAGCAACAACAACAAUAGUAGUAGUAAUAGAACUCGCAUGGCUUUUUGGGGAUGGCUGCAAAUGUGCCAAGGCAAUGGACACUAUCUGACGCUGGCUGUGCUCAUCUAUGGCUAUCUAAUGCUGCAUGCCUCAGCUGCAGCCGGUGUUGCAACCACAGCCAGCACGCCCGCCAUAUCCAAUCUAACAACACCUUUAGCCUUAAGCCAAUCACAACAGCUACAGCAACAGCAACAAAACGCACAAAUUGAGAAACGUGAUGUCGCCCACGUGCCUGAAGAUGAAUACGAUGCCAGUUAUCCGGAUGAUAUAGACGAUAUUGAGGCCUUGAUUAAUAAUAAGUCAGCGAAAGGUAAAUACAUUGGAGCGCCAUGCAACGAGCUGAAAUGUGAUGCAAAAUUGUUGCACGUCACAUGUGAAAAGGAGUCACAAACCUGCAGCUGUGAGCGCAAUUAUCCCGUGCAGCUGGGACCUGUGAAAGGUUGCGCCAAACCACUAAAAAAACUGGGCGAUCAGUGUUUCUACGAUGAGACAUGUCUCUACAACGAUGAGAACUCUCUCUGUGUUCAGGUGCGGCACAAUGCGAUUUGCCAAUGUGCCAGUGGCUACCACUCGGUCAGCUAUACGAAGCCAACGAGACGCAUCUUCUGCACACCGGAUCUCAGCGAGUUGAGCUCGGAUUUGCCCACUUUGCUGGGCGUCUCAACGGGCAUUGCGGUGCUGGCGGGUCUCAUUUGCAUGGUGUUGCAUCUGUUCAGCAAAACGAAGUAUCCGCGGCAUCGCAAUUUCGGCGAUGCCAACAUUCCGCCACCCAUUCUCUACUCCAGUGAUACAGGCAUUCCGUUGACAGUGCACUCGGCACGUCCGUCGUCGCGUUCCAGCAUUCGGUCGACGGGUUCGAUAGGCUCCUUUGGCAAUCGGCGCGCCUCGUCUGGCGGUCUGCCGGGCAACGCUGGCGCUGGCGGCGGUCAUCAUAGUGGAGGCGGCGCAGGUGGCGGUAAUGCAGGUGGUUGCGGUGGCGGUGGCGGCGGCGGCGGCGGCGGCGGUUCGAAGGGCAUACUUGUGUCGACAUCGCGUACAGGUGCGGCUAGAUCGGCCGCCAUAUUGCUCAUAUCGUGUCACAUAACGGCGGUGUCAAAGCAAAAUUCACGCGCCUCAUCGCGUCAAACAUCGGGCGCCGGAUGCAGCCAGCAUUCGCGCGAUACUCUAGACGAUAACAACGGCUCUGGCGGCGUUGGCGGUGGCGGUGGCAGCGGCAGCGGCUGUCGCAGUUGCGAGAGCACGCUGUCGAUGAACCGUCAACUGCAGAAGCAAUUGAAUCAUCAACGGCAUCUGCUCAGUUUCGAGCUGUCGCCGGCGAAAUCAAAGAAUCAGGAUAGAUUUAGGACCCUCUUGGGCAUGAAUGGCAUUGACCAUGAACAUGACAAUGAUGAUGAUGAUUAUGAUGAGCAUAAUGUUGAUGAUAAUGAUGGGUGCAAUAUCAAUAGCAUAGGCGGUGUCGGUGUCGGUGGCUUUGGCGGUGGCAUUAGCGGUGGCGGUGGCGGUGGCGAUGGCAGUGGCAGUGGUGGUCUUGGUCUUGGUGGUGGUCCUUACAACUGUGAUGCUGACCUGCAUCAUUUGCAUAUUGGCGCCCUGCCCACGCCGGCGAGUGAAACGCCCAGAUUUGCGGUUCUCGAAGACCAAGUCUAGCGUCUGUGCACAGCACAAGUUCCUCGGUGCGCAGCUACAGCAUGAUGCGGUUCGAAAAGGAGGUGCAACAGAAGGAGAUACGGCAG